AUGUCCACUCCCAUCCUCCUCCUUCUCGGCGCAGGGUCCAACGUCGGCCACCACGUAGCUCGUUCUUUCGCCGAAAAGGGCUACAAGAUUGCUCUUGUAUCCAGAUCACUCAAAGAAGAAGAUAGCACCCAAGAUCAAAUCAACAUAUCAGCCAAUCUCUCCGACCCAACUUCCAUAACCGAAAUCUUCUCAAAAGUCAGGACCCGACUCGGUCACCCAAGCGUUGUCGUCUACAAUGCUGCCGCUGUAACACCAAGCGAUCCAAAGGACCCCCUCUCACUCUCCCUAGCAGACUUCACAAACGACACAAACAUAAACACAAUAAGCGCAUUCGCCGCCGCCAAAGAAGCAGCAGCAAGCUUCGCCCAGCUCCCUGAAACAGCAUCGAAAACAUUCAUCUAUACAGGCAAUAUACUAAACACGACGACCAUGCCACCACUCCUCGAUCUAGGCGUGGGCAAGGCUGCUACAGCGCACAUCAUCCAAUCGGCUGCUGAGACUUAUGCUGACCGGGGAUACAAAUUCUACUAUGCCGACGAACGCAAGGCCGAUGGGUCCAGUGCUGGCCGCGGGAUCAGUGGGGAAGCCCACGGGGCGUUGUAUGUUUCGCUGUCCGGGGAUUCGUCGCAGGGCCCUUGGCAGCAGACUUUUGUGAAGGAUGUUGGGUAUAGGCAGUUCUAG